AUGGAUAUUAAGUCUGCUGAAGCCAGAACAAACACCUACAACAAGAGCUAUCAGAAAAAAUUUCAUUUCUCCAAACUUGAUGACCAGAUACUGCAAACUAAUUGGACAAAACUAUGCCUCCAAAGCAAGCAACAGCCGCACAGAAGGACAAAAUCGAUAGCAGAAGGUACUAGUCAGACCCGGAGAGUUACUAGGGCCCGUGCCAAGUCUAUGCCUGGUAUUGUGCUUCAGUCGAAGAGCUCUAGGGCGUCAGGGUCACAGAUGGGCAGUGGUUUGAGCCAGUCGAGGCCACCUUUGACUCGGUGUUCUCGCUGUGGUAGAUCCCAUCCUGGGGAAUGUCGUUGGGCUACAGGUGCGUGUUUUUCUUGUGGCCGUCAGGGCCAUACUAUGAGGGAGUGUAACCUUAGAGGUAGUGCAGGUGGUAUGGCACAAUCUACUGGGUCCGUUGCUGGUUCAUCUUCUUCUGUGGCUAUGUGCCCUACGGGGCAGGGUAUUCAGGCGCCAGCAGGCCGUAGUAGAGGACGUGGUGGAACUUCUUGUUCUAGCGGUCCCUCGAACCGUAUAUAUGCUUUGACUAAUAGGCAGGAUUAG